AUGCAAGGGACCAAGUCUCUUCUGGUCUCGUCCAGAGGACUUCUGAGGCCAGAGGGAGCCUUCAGCAGAGGUCAAUGGCGCACCAUCGAGCGCCAAUGGCAGCGCCAGCUCUCACAACAACCAACGCCGCGAAGACCUACCCCCCCUAAGCGCACACCCUCCCCUCGGUAUGCGUCCACCGCCGCCGCAGCACCGAGUAACAAGCUCCGAAAUGCCAUCUAUGGGACUGGACUGGUCCUCCUGACAGCCUUCGGCUACCUCUACAUCACCGACACACGCGCCAGCAUCCAUCAAUGGUUCGUGGUUCCUACGUUGCGACUGCUGCAUACCGAUCCAGAAGAGGCACAUCAUGCGGGUAUACGGUACAUCAAGGCACUCUACGACUUCAACCUACAUCCGCGGGAAAGAGGCAAGCAGGACACAGAACUUGGCGAUCUCAAAGUGGAAGUGUUCGGCCAUGUCCUCGACAAUCCUCUGGGCACGUCUGCAGGCAUAGACAAGGAUGCACAAAUACCGUCGCCAUUGUUUGCGCUCGGCCCGGCGAUUGUUGAAGUGGGUGGCGCGACACCUCAUCCACAAGUUGGCAACCCCAAGCCCAGAGUGUUUCGGAUACCAUCUCAGAACGCGCUCAUCAACCGGUAUGGGCUGAACUCAGAGGGGGCCGAGUACAUGGCCAUGCAACUGCGGGAGCGAGUACGGCAGUAUGCGUACGACAAUGGUCUAGGCCUGGAGCCGGAGAGUGAGCGACAGGUUCUAGGUGGUGAGGCGGGUGUUCCGCCUGGUAGUCUUGCGCCAGGACGCCUUCUUGCAGUUCAAGUUGCCAAGAACAAGUCGACACCAGACAACGACAUUGCUGCUAUCGCCAACGACUACGUCUUUUGCGUAGACCACCUGGCGAAAUACGCUGAUAUCUUGGUCGUCAAUGUCUCAUCACCCAAUACACCUGGACUCCGAGAUCUGCAGGCUACCGCACCUCUUACGACCAUCCUAUCUGCUGUCGUUGGUGCUGCGAAAAACUGCCCUGGACGGACAAAGCCAGCAGUCAUGGUCAAGGUGUCUCCAGACGAAGACAGCGAUGCACAAAUCGAAGGCAUCUGCUCCGCUGUGUGGGCCAGUGGUGUGGAUGGUGUCAUUGUUGGUAACACGACCAAGAAACGUCCGGACCCAGUUCCAGCGGGCUACGUUAUGCCUGCGAAGGAGGAGAAGAUCCUGACUGAAACUGGGGGCUACUCUGGUCCGCAAAUGUUCAACCGGACGCUGAAUCUGGUGCAGAAGUACCGGUACGGAUUAGAUCAGGGCCCGCCUGAAGAAUCGUCGUCGGAGCCCAUCAAAAGCGACUCGACCCCGCAGCCACCACCUCAGCUACCACCCGCAACAGCCUCCAGCGAUCUCUCUGCCGAUGCCAGCGCACAACGAGAUGUCCAACGAUUGAAGCCAAUGACACUCGAGGCCGAAGCGGAAAGCCAGCAACCUCUGCUUAAGAUACCUGAGCGACACUCGCCCAACUCAUCAGUCGAAGCUACUACCGGCACGACCACUCCCAUCCCUAGCUCAAAAUCAUCAAAGCCAGCGGCAUCAUCUUCGAGUCCCGAGCAGAAAGUCAUCUUCGCUACCGGCGGCAUCACGAAUGGCGAGCAGUGUCUGCAGAUCCUCAAUGCAGGCGCUAGUGUGUGUCAGGUCUACACGGCCAUGAUGUAUGGUGGGGUCGGCACGAUUACGAGGAUGAAGCAGGAGAUGAGAGAUGCGAUGAAGAGUCCUGCCAGAGCUGAGAAGAAUCCUUGA